CCUGCGGGUAGCUAAAAUUUCGCGACUCGUUUCUGCCGCGUUUUCGCUCCGUCUCGCGCAGGAAAGAGAGAAAAAGAUGUCGAGGAUCACUUUCCCAAGGGCGUGGUCCAUCCAGUCCCCAGCUUCAGACUGCCACCAACCCCCCUGAGCGAUCUCUUCGUCUUGGAUUGAUUCUCCCCCGCCACAAUGGCCUCCCAGUCCAUCCGCAUCCUGCUUAUCGGCAACGGCGGCCGUGAGCAUGCCCUCGCCUGGAAGCUCAGCCAGUCGCCCCUCGUCGAGUCCAUCAUCGCCGUCCCUGGAAAUGGUGGCACCGCGGCCUGCCCCAAGGUGACCAACAACUCGUCCGUCUCCGCCGAGGACUUCCCUGGCCUCGUCGCCCUCGCCCAGCAGGAGAAGAUCAACCUCGUCGUCCCCGGCCCCGAGGCUCCUCUUGUCGCCGGCAUCGAGGCCUUCUUCACCAAUGUGGGCAUCCCGUGCUUCGGGCCCUCAGAGGCCGCGGCGCGCAUGGAGGGCAGCAAGACCUUCUCCAAGGACUUCAUGAAGAAGCACAACAUCCCCACCGCGGCCUACGAGAACUUCUCCGACUACGAAAAGGCCAAGGCCUACAUCGACUCGGUCCAGCACGACAUCGUCAUCAAGGCCACUGGCCUGGCCGCCGGAAAGGGCGUCAUCAUCCCCACGUCCAAGGAGGAGGCCCACCAGGCGCUCAAGGAGAUCAUGGUCGACCAGGCCUUCGGCGACGCCGGCAGCGAGGUUGUCAUCGAGGAGUUCCUGACCGGCGACGAGCUGAGCGUGCUGUCCUUCUGCGACGGCUACACCAUCAAGUCCCUGCCCCCGGCCCAGGACCACAAGCGCAUUUUUGAUGGCGACCAGGGCCCCAACACUGGCGGCAUGGGCUGCUACGCGCCGACCAACAUCGCCACGCCCGAGCUGAUCGCAACUAUCGACAAGGAGGUUCUUGAGCCCACCAUCGCCGGCCUGAGGAACGACCGGAUGCCCUUCAAGGGCUGUCUCUUCACCGGUCUCAUGGUCGGCCCCAAGGGCGUCAAGGUCCUCGAGUACAACGUGCGCUUCGGUGACCCCGAGACCCAGACCGUCCUCCCCUUGCUGACAGAGGACACCGAUCUGGCCGAGAUCAUGCUGGCCUGCGCCAAGGGUUACCUGAGCUCUAUGGACUUCAAGGUGCAGCCCAGGUUCAGCGCGACCGUGGUCGUCGCCGCGGGCGGAUACCCCAACAGCUACGCCAAGGGGACCCCCAUGACCGUGGGGACCCCUGCUGCCGGCAGUGAUAUCACCAUCUUCCACGCCGGCACCAAGCUGGUCGGCUCCCAGCUCCAGACGUCUGGCGGCCGGGUGAUUGCUGCCAACGCCGUCGGCUCAAGCCUCGAGGAGGCCGUCAAGAAGGCCUACGAGGAAGGCAUCAAGCUCAUCCAGUUUGACAACAUGUUCUACCGCAAGGACAUUGCACACCGCGCAUUCAGGAAAUCUGGCGCUGCCCCGAGCGCAGGGCUCACCUAUGCCCAGGCCGGUGUCAGCAUCGAUGCGGGCAACGAGCUCGUCGAGAUGAUCAAGAAGGCCGUGCGGUCGACCGCCAGGCCUGGCGCCGAUGCCGAGAUUGGUGGCUUCGGCGGCGAGGUCGACCUGUCGGCUGCUGGCUACCCCGAUGCCCCCGUGCUGGUCGGCGCCAUCGACGGCGUCGGCACGAAGCUGAUCAUCGCGCAGAGCAUGAAGAAGCACGACACGGUUGGCAUCGACCUGGUGGCCAUGAACGUGAACGACCUGAUCGUGCAGGGCGCCGAGCCCGUCAUGUUCCUGGACUACUACUCGUGCAGCAAGCUUGAGCCAGCCGACGCGGCGGCCUUUGUCUCCGGCGUGGCCGAGGGCUGCCGGCAGUCCAAGUGCGCGCUCGUCGGCGGCGAGACGGCCGAGAUGCCGGGCAUCUACCACGGCGAGGACUACGACGCGGCCGGCGCAGCCAUCGGCGUCAUGCGCAAGGAGGCCCGCCUGCCCCGCCUGGCCGACAUGGCCGAGGGCGACGUCCUCCUCGGGCUGGCGUCCAACGGCGUGCACUCCAACGGCUUCUCGCUGGUCCGCCGCAUCGUCGACCGCGCCGGGCUCAGGUACGCCGACGCCUGCCCCUGGGACGGCGCCGCCGGCACCGUCGGCGAGAGCCUGCUCACCCCGACCCGCAUCUACGUCAAGCCGCUGCUCAAGGUGCUCGGCCAGAACCUCCUCAAGGGCCUGUCGCACAUCACCGGCGGCGGCCUGACGGAGAACGUGCCGCGGGCGCUGCCCAAGACCCUCGCCGCCGAGAUCGACGUGGCCAGCUGGGAGGUCCCCGCCGUCUUCAGGUGGCUGCGCAGGGCGGGCGACGUCGCGCCCAAGGAGAUGGCGCGGACGUUCAACAACGGCGUCGGCAUGGUCGCCGUCGUCUCUGCUGCGGAUGCGGACCAGGCUGUCAAGGUGCUGGAGGCCGAGGGCGAGACGGUCUACAGGAUCGGGCGGCUGGUCAAGAGGAGCGAGGGUGGGGAGGGAUGUGUCCUCAAGGGGCUGGAGUCUUGGGCUUAAGAUGGAUAGAUAUCAGGUGGAAAGGGAAUCGGCUUUGGCGCUUGGACUUGGAAUGGGGGGAAGGAAAAGUAAAUCAACAUGUUGUUUUGUUCGCAUAGAUCUAUGUAUGUGUGCUGUCCUCAUCCGUGAUGGGCCCGUAUCUACACUUGAGCUUGUCCUGUGUCUUGACCUGAUCCCAACUGCUUCUGGCCCAAUCCAUGAGCUGGCCCUUGCUUCAGUCUUGUUCG